GUUAUCCGAUGCAAGAAAGGGAAGGCAGGAAUGCACUGCAUGAAGACGUUGCAAGCAGUCCUGAUAGCCAUGUUCGAGGACCCUAUUCAGCCCCCACAGGUGGCUUCUAUUGUAGAGUCACUAGGGGAGUACCUUAUCUCCAUGACUUAUUGAGUGAAUGAAGACUUCGUGAAUAUCACUAUCUUCAUUGGAGCUUCAUGGCAGUGGGUGACAUGUGAUAAACCAGUGUUGACCAGUGUUUGACGGUGACUUGAACAUGUGUUCCAUCUUGAUAAAAACUUGGCUACUCAAUCAGAAAAAAUAAAAGAUGAAAAAAAGUGGAAACCCAUGUAUUUUUUGUUUUUCUUUGGAUAAUACCAGCAACAUUUUAGGAAAGGCUUGGCUGUCACACCAGUGUUUAUGUAUGUAUGUAAUGUAUUUGACGUCGGAAAGGGUUCUAUGAAAUGAAUAUACUUUCGCGUUUAAAAAAAACACCUUUGUAUAAUAAAUUUUUUCCAUGGACAUUUUAUUAUUGCAGCUUUUUGUGAAUUAACUUGCACUCUUAUAUAAGUGAUGGUUUGCAGCUGAUGGUUUUUGCAACUAUUAGUGAAGUGGCUAGCCUGUGUAUAUUUGCGAGCAUUUAGUGGUAGGGAGACGGAUGAUCUGUUAACCUUGUCCUUAUAAUCCUGAUAAUUUUGUCUUCCUCUGCUUUCAAUCUCCAGAACAUACCUCUUGACAAAUUGCCUUUUUCAGUCUUGCCUCCAUCUCAGUAUUUUCCUCAUCCUCAACUCCCACACUCCAACAUACUUGUGUGAGUGUCUAGUCUCUGCUAGCCACUGAUCCCAGUGUUGAUUUUUUGUUUUAUUUUUUUUAUAUUAAAUUUGUUCCUAAAUGAAAUUUAAAGUUUCCUGUACCCAACAGCUGUAAAUGGAAACUAUUAAAUGGAAUAAGCAUUCCUUAUCUCAA